UGGUGGGUUUGGUUUCUCCCUUCCUGCCCCGCGCUGUGACUGAUCUUCACGAGAUCCUUUGCGGGAGGACAUCACUCUCUCCUUCUCUCAACUCUUUACUCUGUUGAAUGAAGAUUAAAAAUGAGGCUGAAAUGAUGCGCGCAGCAAGCAGGCCUAUUCUUCUUUGCGUCAAUCAAGUGGACAUUCCCUCUCUGUUCAGAUUCCAAAUUGGACGUGCAUCGAUUUCGGUCAUAAGGUGACAGUCAAUGAGUCAAGUCAUGAGAUCCUCCUCUUCCCGUCUGUCAAGUUUCUCUUCUAAAGAUUCUUUAUGGAAUCCGAGUAGGAUGCCGGAUCAAAUAUCGGUGUCCGAGUUUCUCUCGGAGACAACAGAGGAUUACAAUUCUCCUACCACAUCCAGCUUCACCACCCGCCUGCAGAGCUGUAGGAACACAGUCAACGUACUGGAAGAGGCUUUGGAUCAGGACAGGACUGCACUGCAGAAGGUGAAGAAAUCAGUCAAGGCCAUCUACAGCUCAGGCCAAGACCAUGUCCAGAAUGAGGAGAACUAUGCCCAGGCUCUAGAUAAGUUUGGCAGCAAUUUCAUCAGCAGAGACAACCCUGACCUGGGAACAGCCUUCGUCAAGUUCUCCACCCUGACCAAGGAGCUGUCGACCCUGCUCAAGAACCUGCUCCAGAGCCUGAGCCAUAAUGUGAUGUUCACCCUGGACUCGCUGUUGAAGGGGGACCUGAAAGGCGUGAAAGGGGACAUAAAGAAGCCCUUUGACAAAGCCUGGAAGGAUUAUGAAGCUAAGUUUACAAAGAUCGAGAAGGAAAAGAGGGAGCAUGCCAAGCAGCAUGGGAUGAUUCGCACGGAGAUAACAGGCGCAGAGAUCGCCGAGGAGAUGGAGAAGGAACGCCGUCUCUUCCAACUCCAGAUGUGUGAGUAUCUGAUCAAAGUCAAUGAGAUCAAGACCAAGAAGGGAGUGGACCUUCUCCAGAACCUAAUCAAGUAUUACCACGCACAGUGCAAUUUCUUCCAAGAUGGCUUGAAGACAGCGGAUAAGCUGAAGCAGUACAUUGAGAAGCUGGCUGCUGACCUCUACAAUAUAAAGCAGACCCAGGAUGAGGAGAAGAAACAUCUGACUGCUCUCAGAGAUCUGAUCAAGUCCUCCCUUCAGCUGGACCAGAAGGAGUCUAGAAGAGACUCCCAGAGUAAGCAGGGUGGCUAUAGCAUGCACCAGCUGCAGGGCAACAAAGAGUUUGGCUGUGAGAAGAAAGGCUACCUGAUGAAGAAGAGUGAUGGGCUGAGGAAGGUGUGGCAGAGGAGGAAGUGUUCAGUGAAGGGUGGCAUGCUCACCAUCUCUCAUGCCACGUCCAACAGGCAGCCUGUGAAACUCAACCUGCUCACCUGCCAGGUCAAGCCCUGCGCUGAGGACAGGAAGUGCUUUGAUUUAAUUUCCCACAACCGGACAUAUCACUUCCAGGCUGAGGAUGAACCGGAGUUUGUCAUCUGGAUCUCGGUGCUAUCCAACAGUAAGGAGGAGGCUCUGAACAUGGCAUUCCGUGGAGGAGAGGACGGAGGAGGAGGAGGAGGAGGAGGAGGAGAGGACGGCCUCGAGGACCUGACCAAAGCCAUCAUAGAUGACGUGCUGCGCAGCCCUGGCAACGAAGUCUGCUGUGAUUGUGGCGCUGCAGAUCCAAAAUGGCUGUCCACUAACCUAGGCAUCUUGACCUGCAUCGAGUGCUCUGGUAUCCACCGGGAGAUGGGAGUGCACAUCUCACGCAUCCAAUCCAUGGAGCUAGAUAAACUAGGCACCUCUGAACUCUUGCUGGCCAAGAACGUAGGGAACAGUAGUUUCAAUGAAAUAAUGGAGGGGAACCUUCCUUGUCCCUCACCAAAGCCCACUUCUUCAAGUGAUAUGACAGUGAGGAAGGAGUUCAUCAAUGCUAAGUAUGUGGACCACAAGUUUGCACGGAAGACCUGUACCUCCUCGGCAGCUAAGACCAUCGAGCUGUGUGAGGCGGUCAAGUCCAGGGAUCUGCUGUCUCUCAUCCAGGUGUACGCUGAGGGGGUGGAGCUAAUGGAGCCCCUGCCUGAGGGUGGACAGGAGGCCGGAGAGACUGCACUCCACUACUCUGUGCGCACCGCUGACCAGACCUCACUGCAUCUGGUCGACUUCCUCGUGCAGAACAGUGGGAACCUGGAUAAGCAGACAGAGUGGGGGAACACUGCUCUGCACUACUGCUGCAUGUACGAGAAACACGAAUGCCUCAAACUACUGCUGAGGGGCAAACCAGCCACUGACAUCACCAAUCAGAAUGGUGAGACGGCACUGGAUGUUGCCAGGCGACUGAAGAACAUUCAGUGUGAGGAGGCUCUGUUGCAGGCUGCAGCGGGCAAGUUUUACCCUCACAUCCACGUGGAGUAUGAGUGGAGCCUGAGGCUUGAUGAGAUCGACGAGAGCGAUGACGAUCUGGAUGACAAGCCUAGUCCCAUCAAGAAAGACCGCUCUCCUAGGCCGCAGAGUUUCUGCCACGCGUCCAGCAUGUCUCCUCAUGACAAGCUGUCUCUGCCAGGCUUCAUCAGCCACCGGGACAAGCAGCAGCGCAUGUCUUACAGCGCCUUCACCAACCAGAUGUACUCCGCCUCCACCGACCUCACUUCCUCUUCCUCCCCUGUGGCCGACGCCCCCCCUCUGCCCCCCAGGAACCAGGGCAAAGCUCCUCCCUCCACCCUCACCCCUGGAGGCAGCUCCACCCUGUCUAAGAAGAAGCCUCCGCCCCCUCCCCCUGGGCACAAACGCACCCUGUCUGACCCGCCCAGCCCGCUCUCCCACAGUAGAGGGGGCUUAUCCGGGGGAAGUGACUCCACCCCUCCUCCUGCGAAUAAGAUGUCACCUUUGUCCAACAAGUUUGAGGGCAUUCCACAGCAGCAAAGCACUACUUCUAGCAUCACAAAGUCUACACUUGGUCCAAGGGUUCUACCCAAACUACCUCAGAAAGUGGCACUGCGUAAGAUCGACACCAUACACCCAUCUAUGGACAAACCUGGCCUGCCCCCGGAGGUGCUCCAGAAAUCCCCUCCAGGACCUGAAUGCCUAACAAAAGCCAUCCUUCCCGACAAGCCGCAACUAGGGGACCUUCUCCCCAAACCCCAGCUCUCUGAACUGCCCCCUAAACCUGGAGAACUGCCCCCCAAGCCCCAGCUCGCCAACCUCCCUCCCAAACCCCAGUUAGGGGACCUACCGCCCAAACCCCAGCUCAAAGACCUACCCCCCAAGCCUCAGCUCUCCCAAGACGGCCAUCCGAAACCAGGGGCAGCAGAUCUGCCCAAUCCGAGACCACCCCCUGGAGAGCUUGCGCCGAAGCCCCAGCCCCCCGACUCCCCGGUGGCUAAUCAACAGGCAGAGAUGGAGAGCCCGUCCCCCCAGGGCAGCGAGGACACCAAUGGGAGCCCAGCGUGUGCUCCAGAGACACCAGUGCCCUUGCCCCGGAAGAUCAACACGGGGAAGACCAAAUCUCGGCGGGUGAAGACAAUCUAUGACUGUCAGGCUGACAACGAUGACGAGCUGACGUUUGUGGAGGGAGAGGUGAUCAUAGUGACAGGAGAGGAGGACGGGGAGUGGUGGAUCGGCCACAUUGAAGGGCAGACGGAAAGGAAAGGGGCAUUCCCAAUGUCCUUUGUCCACAUCUUAAGUGAAUGACAGCCAGAUGAGGCUUGCACUAUAACCCCCCGCCCUCACCCCUAGUAGUAUCCCUGUUCUGUAAAUAGCUACUGUAACAACAUAUGAAACCAGUGUGCUAAAGAAAAAAACA